AUCAAUGACUGUAGUGAGCUUUGUUUAGAUGUUCAUGCAGCUGGGCUCCAGGAAUUAGAUGUUCCAGCAGCAGUUAGGACAGACAGGAGAAAAGAUGAGGAAACAGGCUGAUAUCAUCAAGGCAUGGAUGCUGCUUCUUAUGUGGUUCCAGAUUGAGGCUGCUGCAGGCCUGCUGAAAGUUGAGCUAAGCCAGGACGAAGGCAUUGAAGGUAACACCAUCAGCCACUCAAAAGUCCUGGUGCAGCGUCUGGAAGCCCUGCUGGUUCAGGGGAAUGGAAGUGAUGUGUCUCUACGUGUGGAGACGCCCAAUGCAGAUGAAGUGAAGAUGAUCCAAGCUCACUCCUUGGUGCUCUCCUUGCAGAGCCCAAUGUUUGCAGGGAUGCUGCAGAGCCACAACAGCAGCACUAUGGUGCUAAGAGAGAGCUCGGACUGCGCCGCUGUGUUUGACAAGUUCAUCAGAUAUCUGUAUUGUGGAGAAAUUUCUCUUCGUCUUGAACAGGCCACUCCUCUGCACAAGCUGGCCACCAAGUACCAAGUGCAGAGUCUCCAGCAGGGUGUCACCCUCUAUAUGAACCAGAAUCUGGCUAGAGACUCCCCCUCAGGUCAUGUGGCAGGCUGGUAUGAGUAUGCUCUGCAGACAGGGGACAUUGACCUGAGGGAUAAAUGUCUGCAGUACCUGGCCUGGAACCUGUCUGCAGUGCUGCAGAGCGGAGAAUGGGUGACCAUCAGCAGCCAACUGCUCAUGACACUGCUGCAGCGCUCUGACCUUGUUCUCCAGAGCGAGAUGGAGCUGUUUGCAGCUCUGGAGGCCUGGAUUAUCAAUAACGAGCCUGAUGGUUUGACCGUGGAGAAUGCAUUAAGAGCUGUACGUUAUGCCAUGAUGCCCCCCAGGGAGCUUUUCCGUCUUCAGACCCAAUCUACAGUCCUGGCUCGCUAUCAGGAGUCAGUCCGUGACCUGCUCUACAUGUCCUACCAGUUUCACUCUGCCUCACCACUACAGAUGGCAAAAUUCUUUGAUGUGAAUUGUAGCCUUUUUGUCCCAAGAAAUUACUUGUCUACAGCUUGGGGUUCACCUUGGAUUAUCAACAAUCCAACACGGGAUGAUCGCAGCACCAGUUUCCAAACCCAACUGGGGCCCAGCAGCCACGAUGCCAGCAAACGAGUGACCUGGAAUGCCAUGUUCUCACCACGCUGGUUACCUCUCAGCAUGAGGCCGAUGUACACAGAGACUGGUGCCAUGCAGCCGACUCGUGUUGAAGGAGGGCGCCCUCGCAUCAUAAUCACUCCAGCCACAUCCAGUGCAGAUUUUGCAGGUGUGAACUUCCAGAAAACGGUACUUGUAAUGGCUCAACAGCAUGGUAAGCUGUUCGUCAAGCACGUCUACAACUUCCACCAGAGCACGGAGGAAAAUGGUGACUUCUUAGCCGAAGCCGACCUGUAUCGGCGCACAUCUGAUUACCUCAUUGACAGCUCCCUCUUUCUCCAUGUUGUGGUGAAACCAUUAUACCAAACCCUCAUAACCCCUAAAAACUGAUCCUUCUAAUUUGACCAAUCCAGCCCUCAUUCAUAUCUGAAUCCUAGCUGGGUCUUCUUUGUGUCUUUUCUCAUAAAAGUACUGUUUUCAUUGGGCAACUAAGAUUUUGAGUGUUCUUGUCUGAUGACAAUAUUCAAGAAGGAAAUCAGAGUUAAAAUCUCAUAGCUUGGUGCUGCUCCCAGUUGUUGCACUAUUGACUAAAUCCCAUUGAAAAUCCAAAAUGCUUAAAAAGCUUUUACAAGGACACCAAUGUGGAUUAGGAAUUCAACAAUUAUUUAGCCUUUUUUAUGAUCUUAUUUUGAAUUAUUGACAGUGGGAGGACGAAGAACAUCCAGCAGGUUUGUUCAAGCUAAAUAUUGUUAUGGUGCUAAUUUCUCAGUCAGUUAGCAUUGAUCAAAUGAUUUUUUCUUUAAAUACAUUGUAACAUACAAUCUUUUAGGGCUCAAGAAGGAGUGUUAUGUGUUGAAACCAUAUAAUAUAUUUGAUCGAUAGAUCAUAAAACAAUUGCUUCUCCUGCUUCAUUUUUUACCCGAGGAUUUGGUUUUAUUUUUUCCUUUUCUUUAAUUUUAUACCCUCUACUUUAAAACAGUAGAUGUCUCAAACUUAAUCAUUUAGUUUUUAGAGUAUUGUUGUGUCUAUAUAUGACCUCAUGUUACUUAUUAAUAAAGGCUUUUACAAUUUU